AUGGGAUCCAUCGCGAACGAAGAACAACACGAGGCACUUGUUGUGGGGACUGGCUUCGGUGGCUUGUAUGCUCUGUACUUGCUCAAGCAGCUAGGACUUGAUGUCCGCGCGGUCGAGUCAGGCGCUGAUGUUGGAGGAACGUGGUAUUGGAACAAGUACCCAGGAGCAAGAAGCGACGUGACGUCCGAUACCUACCGCUACUCCUGGGACAAAGAGAUUCUGCAGAAUUCGAAAUGGCCUCACAACUAUCUUUUACAAUCAGAGAUCCAGGCCAACUUCCAGGAAGUCGCCAAGAAGCAUGAUCUUUACCCCCUCAUUACGUUCAAUACCAAGCUGGAACAAGCGCACUGGGACGAGAACGCCAGCCUUUGGAAGGUCGCUUUCAGCAAUGGCCAGUCGUACGCAGUUCGCUACUUGGUAACAAGUAUUGGAAUCACGCACAAGCCGUACAUCCCAGACAUACCAGAUCUCGACGCUUUCAAAGGCCGAAUCACUCACACGUCCCAGUGGACCCCUGAUAUCGAAUGGGAAGGCAAGCGUAUUGCGGUAAUCGGUACUGGCGCCAGCGGCGUACAGAUUGCCUCAACCCUGGCUGAAAAGGCUGGGUCUCUUACCCACUUCAUACGACACGCUCAAUACGUCCUCCCAGCGCAAUACCGACUGGUCUCCACAGAAGAGAGAAAGCUCAUCAACGAUCGCUACGAUCAGAUCUGGCACGAUGUCUUUGCCUCAGCUGUUGGAUUUGGGUUCGCUGAGCCCAACAGGCCAACCCUAUCCGUUUCACCAGAAGAUCGGGAACAGAUCUUCGAGGAUCUCUGGAACCAGGGCUCUGGAUUCCGUUUCUUGUUUGGUGGCUUCUCGGAUUUAGUAGUUGAUGAGGCUGCCAACAAAGAAGCUAUCAACUUCAUCCAUAGGAAGAUCAACGAGAUCGUGAAGGACAAAGCCAAGGCGGAAGUCCUCACUUCCAAUGACUGGUUUGCCAGACGUCCUCUCACUGACGACCAUUACUAUGAGAGAUUCAACCAACCCAACGUCUUCGCCCACGACCUCAAGAAAGCCCCCAUUUCCCGCGCCACCCCAACAGGCCUCCAAACCUCCGACGGCAAAGACCACGAAUUCGACCUCAUCGUCUUCGCCACCGGCUUUGACGCCACAGAUGGCUCAUACUACGCGAUAGACUUCAAAGGCCGCGGCGGCAAGACCCUCGAAGACCACUGGCUCGGACAAGGAGGGCCACGAACACAUCUCGGCAUCAGCACCUCCUCCUUCCCGAAUUUAUUCUUCGUCAAUGGACCUGGUGUUCCGUUCGCAAAUAACCCCCCUGUGACUGAGAAGAGUGCAGAGUUUGGAGCGGAGUUGAUCAAGAGGGCGGAAGAGAUUAGGAAGGAAGGCAAGGGUACUGGCGUCGUGGAGAACAGCAAGGAAGCUGAGGAGAAGUGGCUACAGACCUGCACCGACAUUGGCCAUGCUACUCUCUUCGCCAAGACGGGCAGCUGGUUCUUCGGCGAGAAUGUGCCUGGCAGGAAACAUUCGCCUAGAUUUUAUUUUGGGGGUAUAGGGUCUUGGCGCAAGGCGCUGUCGGACGUCAGGAGGAAUGGGUAUGAAGGGUAUAGUUUUGGGGAGAAGUGA